GGACCAGAGCAUCCAGGUGCUCUAAGCCGGGGACUCCAGCUUAGCCAGAGCCCCUGCUCUCCUCGGGCGCAACAACUUUGACGAUCUAUCGCGGACAGAGCUCAAAACCAGACAACACCUAAGCUGGCCACUCCCGCGGAGAGCCCGCUUUGGGGAGUCUAGAUGCCAGGCUCAGAAGCAGCGAGGACCUCAGGCCAGAAAGUUGAACCCGGGCCACUGCUGUGAAGCAGCUUCCUCUUAGCCCCUCCAGGGGUCUGGUCUCUCUCCAUUCUGACCAACCUCCACAUUGUUCAUCCAGAUGGAACAAGUCUGAGACCAGCAGAUGAACAGGCGGAGGCCUGAAGACCCCAGGGACGGCUUUGCCUUCCUGUUCCUUGAUCCCUCUCUGUCGGUCAUCAUAUCCUACAGUGACAUUCCACCCGCCCGGCUGCAAGGCAAGCUGCCUGGAGACAAGAAUGACGGAGAGGCCCGCCAGCAACCGGAGCUCAGGCAGCUGGGUGCUCGCACUGUGCCUCGCCUGGCUGUGGACGCGUCCCGCCUCUGCUUCCUUGCAACCUCCAACAUCCGCAGUCCUAGUGAAGCAGGGCACCUGUGAGGUGAUUGCUGCGCAUCGCUGCUGCAACAGGAACCGCAUUGAGGAGCGCUCCCAGACAGUCAAAUGCUCCUGUCUGUCCGGGCAGGUGGCUGGCACCACCAGAGCAAAGCCCUCCUGUGUGGACGCCUCCAUCGUCCUGCAGAAGUGGUGGUGUCAGAUGGAGCCCUGCCUGCUGGGGGAGGAAUGUAAGGUGCUCCCGGACCUGUCAGGGUGGAGCUGCAGCAGUGGACACAAGGUCAAAACCACCAAGGUCACGCGGUAACUCUUAGAGGUCACGGCUUAGGCAGGACAGCCUUGACUGAGCUCCAGACUGAGGAAAGGCCUCCGGUCACCAGACAGCAGAUAGGAGGACUCACUUGUCAAGUGUAACAUAGACCUGCCAGGGCCUUGGGCAGUACUCUGUUCAACAGAAACGCUUGGAUCUUUGGCCACGCACUUGAGAGACCUGUGUUCUCCUAUGAACAAAGCCAACACACAAACCUAUCCUUAAGGAAUAUCUUGUCAAGUUAGGGAGUGGAUAACAGGCAAUUCCAACAGUUUAAUGUGUUUGGUACCACGGCUUCUGAGCUACCUGCAGUGGGUGUGGUGGGGUGGGGUGGACGAAAUGUACACAGAUCCUCUUCAGCCACCUGAUCUCAGGACACAAAGUUAUGAGGUCGCACCAUUACCUUCCCAUCAUCAAACCUGCAUCCCCAGCAAGAUGCUAAGAUGUGAGAGGGAAACACUGUCCCCUGAUGCCAAGCCAGUGGGAUCUCUUUUGGACGGCACUGGAAAGUAGAGAUGAAGGGCUUCUUCAGCACACCUCUGCAGAGACAGGGCGGGGCGCACAUCCUUUGCUGUCCGUGGGAUCGACAGGACCUCAGUCAGAAUCACUCCCCAGCCUGAACUCCGGGUGUUUGGUUGCUUGUUUGAAUGGACAAGAAAACCGAGUCACAGAGGAUGUGAUGGUUUGCCCAGGAUCUCACAGCUUGGGCUUCCAAAAACACGGAUGUUAAGAUUCCAGCCUAGGCCUUACAUGGCAAUUUUAUCUGGACGGUAAGACCCAGCAAACACUGUCUGGAUAGCACCAAUGUGAUUCUUGGGUGAUGGGACUUUGACCACUGGCAUUUUGGUUGAGGCCACUGAUCUCCCACCCAAAAAAAACAAACAAAAACAAAAAACAAAAAAAACCUAGACUAUAUACACAUCCAUACACCCACAGCAGAGUGGAGCUGCUUCUCAGUGCCCCAAGUUCAAACAGGCCCUGUGACAGCCCAGAGGUCACUCAGCCCCGUAGCAGCAGAAGCAGUGUGAGCAGUCAGGUGUCACCCCCUCUCCUCUUCUCUACCGGGAGCUUCAGCCAGCCCCCUCCAUAGGUGCCUGCCGGAGGGCAGAGGGGCAGGCUGGCCUCCUAGAUGGCUCGGGAGUAGCAAGCUGGUUUACUCUCAUCACCGAGGCCUUAAGGAGCAGUGUGUGCUGGAGACCACCCUGAGUGAUGGUCCCCGAGAAGGCAAAUCAGCGAGAGUUUACACUGGAGUCUCCGUGCCCCCCUCUCUGCCUGUGUCCCAGUGCACUUGAUUAAAACUCUGAUAUCACCCCACCUCAGGGCCUGAUUUAGGUUUUGCAAAAUGAGAUGAACAGUAAUGUUAUCUUCCUCUGUCAGUCUCUGCUUGUAGCAAGGUCACACACAGGCCAGAGUCACCAAGGGUCAAUGGCAGUCGUGGUCUCCUUCAAUACUGAGGAGUGGAGGCCAGAGGGUGUGUUCAGUCUCCGGGACAUAUUCUCUGUUGGGUGGUUUUGCUUCAUUUUGUUUUUAAAAACAUUACAGACUUGUCAAUGCCGUCUUUAGCUCUAGGGAGGGAAGGAACACAUUGUUGCCCAUGUCAGGUCUGUGACCCUUCCCAGGGGACUUUGAAGGCCUGGGAUGGCCUCCCAGCCUCUUGGCUCACCCUCUGUACCAUGGAAACCUGAGCGCAGGGCUGGGCUGGGUUUGUUUUUCUCCUGAUGCUCAGAGAGAGAUGUGUGAGUGAAUUAUUUAGGUUAGGGCUUCAGCAGAGCCAGACAGUGAAAGCCUGCUUUCCUGGAGGCCCGAAGGUAGGUUCUGUCGGUGGGUGUAGAGCUCUGUGGACUCUCUGCUCACUCUAUCCUGGGCACUGUCACCCCAGGGUCAGCCGCCCUGCCGCACCCCACCUGUGUCAUCCACACAAACUGGGUUAGAGUGGAGACUAUAGAGAUGAUGUGUCACAAGCUCCUGAGAGCUGCCAGCCUCCUCCAGCCCCCACCUGCCUCGGUGUCCUGAUUCUGCACUUUCCCUGACCCCCACUAAAGUUGCUAAUUCAUUGUUAAGUCUUCCGAGUCCCCCUCUGUCCCUCCUGACCUAGCCAUGGAUUUAUUGGGUGAACUCAGCUGAGUGGGCAUCUGUAUAUUUCCAGGAAAGCACCACAUAAAAAGAUCUGGCCAAGAAAAGAUCCAGAACCCCACCUCCAACUCCACCCCCCAAGAUUUGUAUCCAACUGAAUCCAAACCUGUGUAGGUUUUGUAGCUAUGCAAAGAAUAGUCUAGAAAUAA